AUGGCACUUGCAACGGGCACCGUCUUGACGUCUCUUGCGUUCGCUAGCGCUCUUUUUGCCGCCAUCAGCUCGGCCGCCGCUGUCAACCUGAACGAGGGUGGAGAUGUUGGGAUUUGGGAGACGGUCACCACUGUUGUCUGGACCACCCUCGACGUGACCACUACCGUCUACCCUGAGGAAGCCGCUGUUAUCACUACGACUGUUGCUGUGGUCAGCGCUCGGUCAACCUUACCUGCGGCCUCUGCUCUCGGGCAGGCCAAAACUACGGAGUCUCAGCUUACCCAGCCUUGCCCCACUGCUGUAUCUAUCCCUGUUGUCGCCGAUGAAGUGUCUGCCCAGGCCCCCCAACCUGCCAAGGCCGCGGCUCCGUCCACGUAUACUACUCAGGAUGCCCAGCCAACCCAGCAAACCUCCAGCAGCAACUCUAGUACAGCUUCCGGCAGUAGAAGUAGCGCCAUCUGCUCCAAGGACUCCCCGUGCGUUGGCCAGGUCACCUACUAUGACACUGCGACCUCUGCCAGCGCUCCCAGCAGCUGCGGUCUGACCAACGAUGGAUUCACUGAGAACGUGCUCGCCCUUCCCGUGGGCAUCAUGACCGACGCUGACUGUGGCAAGACGGUGACAGUCACCUACAACGGUAUCACCAAGACAGGUACCGUUGUGGACAAGUGCAUGGGUUGCGGCAAUACCUCUGUGGAUUUGUCCCGGCACUUUUUUGCCCAGCUGGCUGAUAUAGGUGCGGGCCGUCUCCAAGGCGUGUCAUGGUACAUCAAUUAA